CAUCAUAUUCAUAUCCACCCACCAAAUACAAAACAGGAGGAGAAAAAUGAAGAGAUGGACAGCUUUUGUGGUGGUGGUGGUGGUGAUGGUGGCGAGUGCGGCGGCGCAGGGGCUGAGCCCGAGCCAGUGCAACAACCAGAAAAAUAAUCUCAAGUACACGUGUCGUAACGUGGUGGUAGGGGGGAAGCCGUCGGAAGGGUGCUGUCAGCUAGUCAGGGCGGGGAACACCGAAUGUCUUUGCCAAUUUGUUACGCCCAAGUUGGUUGCGGCGCUUGGCGGCGCCGCCCGUGCUAUUGGACUCGUUCGAGGCUGCGGCAGAACCAUCCCUCGCAAUUUCAAGUGUGGAAGUUUGACCACUCCACCUUGAGGAUAUCUAUGAACCAAAUAUUGAAAAUAAAUGAGCUACAGUUUCAUCACCUCUUAGCACUACGUUGUAUCAGUUCUGUUUUGUAUAUUAGUUUGUGUUUAGCUUCUAUUUAAUCAGAAUAAUGUAAUAUAAAAUCUACAUCGUUAUAAAAGAAAAGAAAAACUAUGUAUCAAA